AUGGGCCAUGCGAGGUACCAACCUCGCCCCGCUCUGCCCGCGCCGCAAGCCCACCUUGGCCUCCCGGAGGCGGCGGGGGGGCUCUUGCUUUGCAGCUGGGAUAAACCCCUGACAAAUGAUGGCAAGAAGAAGACUCUUAUCUGUAUCGAGGGGAAUAUUGCAAGUGGGAAAACAACAUGCCUGGAUUACUUUGCAAAAACUACCAGCAUUGAGGUUUUGACGGAACCCGUGGCGAAAUGGAGGAAUGUUCACGGUCAUAAUCUCCUGGGUUUAAUGUAUCAAGAUUCAUCGCGAUGGGGGAUUACGUUACAGACAUACGUACAACUUACCAUGCUGGAGCACCAUACCAGACCAAUGGUUUCCCCCAUAAGAAUGAUGGAGAGGUCAAUUCACAGUGCAAAAAACAUUUUUGUUGAAAAUUUAUAUCGAAGUGGGAGAAUGCCAGAAGUGGAUUACCUAGUACUAACUGAAUGGUUUGAAUGGAUCAAGAAGAAUAUUGAUGUUUCAGUUGACUUGAUAGUUUAUCUACAGACUUCUCCUGAAAUUUGUUACGAGAGGUUAAAGAGGAGAUGCAGAAAAGAGGAAAAGAUCAUUCCUAUGGAAUAUUUACAAGCUAUCCAUGAGCUCUAUGAGGAGUGGCUCGUUAAACGGACACUCUUUAACAUUUCCUGUCCAGUUCUUGUGAUUGAGGCAGACCACGACUUGCAGAAAAUGACAGAAAAGUAUGAAGAAAAUCGGGACCGAAUAUUAACCCCCUACAGUCUACAACAGUGUUUGUAGAUAACUGGCUUUGUAGACAGACUGCUGAAAACUUGUCUGCCCUGAUUUUAGGGGAAGUCUGAGCAACGUUUUCCAGAAUGUUGAAGUCUCUCACUUAGAAUUUUGUUUCACAAAGCACAGGUGAUGGUUACAAAGACAAGUGGGCCAUGUUUUUUUCCUUUUGGUCCUUUAUACUUCUGAGGUCCAGUGCAACUUUACUGUUCUCAGACUGUCUGACAAAAUGUUGCUGUACUUUACUUCCUUACUUUCACUGCUGCUUACUGUAAAUAACUUUCAACAUUACAUUUCUCAUCAUAAUGGUCUUUUAUUUACUCUGAAAAAUAGCCCAUAUAGAAGAUGGAAGUGUUCCUCUGUGACCAGAAGUAGUUGGUGAAUAAAUAGGUCAUGGUCACACAAAAAGGGAAAAAGCCUGUUUACUGUACUAAGUUAUGAGUCUGAAUCUGCAUGGCAGUGCAACCACUUCUGAUUUUUAGUGGAUUACUUCGCAUUUAAAUAACAUCACAAAAUCUUGAUCCUGCAGACAUCUAUACAUUUGAAUAGUUUAACUUAACUACUCGGGUAUAUAAAGUUCUGCUGAGUGUUUGCCAGACUGGGAUCUAAGAAAGUAUGGGUCAGACUUUCAACAGCACUCAGCAUCCUGCUGUUCUCAUUGAAAGUGGCCCCAAAAACUGCUGAGCCAAGCACUCUUGAAAAUCUAGCUUUUAACAUUUUUUCCUGUUGUUGCAGAGUCUUUUUUUUAUGUAAUUGUAAUAACAUAAUAACCGUUACAUAAAUAAUUUAGUUUGUGAAAACUUAUUUUGCACUUCUUACGUUGCUAUAUUAGAAGUUUGCUAGACCAGGACUUCUCCAGUCAGCUUAUCGAGGUGGUUAGGUCAAGGGAUGUUAUUGUCAUGGGUGACCUAAACUACCCAGACAUUUGCUGGGAGGAGCAGACAUUCAGGUCUGAUUGCUCGCAUAGGUUUCUGGCUUUAUUACAGGACCUUCACCCUAUCCAGGAAGCGUACAGCCCCACUAGGGGUAACGCCUUGCUGGACCUGGUCCUGGCCAUGGGGAUGACCUGGUGAGGGGACUGCAGGUCCUUGACCACCUAGGCA